AUGGCGACAGAGAUAAGUCAAAGCAAAACAAUCUGCAUUUUGGCUGUUGUAGCAGGAUGUUUCGCCAUUCUAUGGCCAUCUUUAUUUUAUCCAAUGCUAAAAGGAUCAUUUGCACCUCAGACUCACAUAGGCUGUUGCAAUGUGCUGUCCAGUACGGACGUGAAUAUAGUUAAAAUAGUAAUGGAUAUAUGUGAUCGUGUAAUUAACACAACGGACAAAAAAACAAAAUUGGAAAAAUGUCGUCACGAUAUUUUCAACACAUGUGCAAUCAAUAUAACUGAUUUAUUCAAUGAAAAUAAGGUUGGCAAAAUUUCGCACAAUAAACAUUUAAUCGAUGAAAUAAGAUCUUUGAAUGGAUCUCUAUGUCUAAAAUAUCAUUAUGGAGUUUCCUUGACAAGUUUGGGGGUUACACAUAGACUUAAAGAAAGCGAUCCUUUAAUGAAUAAUAUUCCGCAAGAAAGAACUCCUGUUCACUUAAGGGCCUCCAAAGCAACAAUGCAUCCAGCAUUAAUGGAAAAAGGACGAGCAAUUCCCCAACCUCAUAUUGGACCUAGACAUAGUAGUCCAACUCCUCACAGUUUCAAACCACCAAUUCCAGGAUCAAGACCGACAAUGGGAGGUAUGGGCGGCACCAGUAAUAAAAUCUCUGGAGGAGAUGGUGGUGGUGCCAUGAAUAUACUAAUGCCAAUGUAUACAAUUGGAAUACUUCUUUUUUUUGUGUAUACUAUGAUGAAGUUGUUGUCAAAAAAAGACGACGUUGAAGAUACUAUUGAUGAUAAAUAUUCUUCACAUUAUCCUUAUGGCAGAGAUAGUAAAUCAAAGCUACAGCAGCAGAAUCUUCCUACAAAAUUAGGAUUCAUUGAAAAGGAUACGAGGGAUUUAGAAAUAGAUGCGCUCCGUCGCAAGCUAGAAGAAACAGAGGCUGCGAUGGAACGCAUUGUUAAGCAAAUGAUAUUGGCGUCUGAGUGCAAUGGGAUGGAUGGGAAUAAGGAGUUUAAAAACGAAAAUAUUGAUGAGGGGGAAUGUCCGACAAAUACGACGUUAUCCAAUGACAAUGUAAAUGAUACGAUUAUCACUAAAAAGUCUACACCAUCAGAGGAAUCAAAAAGUAUUAAAUCUUUAAGCACUUCCGAACCAUACGAUGAAAAUACUACAGAUUCCGAAAUUUCCGUAAAAAAAAUAAUUCAAGUGGUCAAUAUGGAAACAUCUGAAAGUGUUGGUGGUGGUCAUUGUUGGACUCCGACUGAAAAAGAGAAAAUACCUUCUAAAUGUAAAACAGCAUCUAUAGAAGAACCCAUUUCUCUACUCAUUCCUGGUAUGAUUCCUAAGAACUCUCAAGUUUUAAUAAGCGAUGGUCCACUCAAUACUCCUUCAGAAACUGAGGAUCAUGAAGCAGUAAUUUCAAGCAAAGUUACAUUAUCAUUAAUACCCGACGACCGAGUAGAGGAAUACCGAACUAGUGAUGAAGCAGAAGAUAAUAAUACUACUUCAACAUUAUCAAACUAA